AUGAGGCGUGGGAAUUCGGCCAAGCGGCCCGCCCGCUCCGGGACGUGCGGACAGGUGGACAGCGAGGCGUGCCUGGGCCAGGGGGUGACCCGGGUAGUGCCAAGUGGGGUGCCCCGCCCCGGCCGCGCCCCGCAGCCACGCGUCCCAGGCGCCGCGCGCUUCGGCCAUGAGGGCAGGACCUGGGGGGAAGCGGGCGCCGCCGGCGGGGGCGGCACCCCCAGCAAGGGGGUUAACUUCGCCGAGGAGCCCGUGCACGCCGAAUCGGAGAACGGGGAGGAGGAGGAAGAGGAGGCCGCGGACCCCGGGGCGUUCAACGCUCCAGUAAUAAACCGAUUCACGAGGCGUGCCUCAGUAUGUGCAGAAGCUUAUAAUCCUGAUGAAGAAGAAGAUGAUGCAGAAUCCAGGAUCAUACAAGGAACAUUUGACAUUUACGUGAAAUGUGACGGUGUCGGAAGGUGUGUUGGUAACUAUGACAACCGCGGAAGUUUCGGCGAACUGGCCUUAAUGUACAACACGCCCAGGGCGGCCACUAUCACGGCUACCUCUCCUGGUGCUCUGUGGGGUUUGGACAGGGUAACCUUCAGGAGAAUAAUUGUAAAAAAUAAUGCCAAAAAGAGAAAAAUGUAUGAAAGCUUUAUCGAGUCACUGCCAUUCCUUAAAUCUUUGGAAGUUUCUGAACGCCUGAAAGUGGUAGAUGUAAUAGGCACCAAAGUAUACAACGAUGGAGAACAAAUCAUUGCUCAGGGAGAUUUGGCUGAUUCUUUUUUCAUUGUAGAAUCUGGAGAAGUGAAGAUUACCAUGAAAAGAAAGGGUAAAUCAGAAGUGGAGGAGAAUGGUGCAGUCGAAAUCGCUCGGUGUUCCCGGGGACAGUACUUUGGAGAACUUGCUCUGGUAACUAACAAACCGCGGGCCGCGUCCGCACACGCCAUCGGGACCGUCAAGUGUUUAGCCAUGGAUGUGCAAGCAUUUGAGAGGCUUUUGGGACCUUGCAUGGAAAUUAUGAAAAGGAACAUCGCUACCUAUGAGGAACAGUUGGUUGCCCUGUUUGGAACAAACAUGGAUAUUGUUGAACCCACUGCAUGAAGCAAACGUGUGGAGCAAGAAGACCUGUAGUGACAAAAUUACACCGUAGUGGUUAGUCCACUGAGAGCCUGUCUGUGUACAUGCCAAGCAUUUUCUGUGAUUUCAGGUUUUUUCUUUUUUUUUUUUAACAUUUACAAUGUAUCAGUAAACAGAGUAGUGAUUUAAUAGUCCAUAGGCUUUAACAUCACUUUCUAAGAGUAGAUCAAAAAAAAUCCACAUCCAGAGACAGUGACUUUCUAUCCCACAAAAUUAUUUGACUGAAAGGUUUAUUCAGAUAAUUGUAACAUAUUGAAAGUAUCUGUGUUUAAGAAGUUCAUUAAAGGAUGUUGUCAUAGGCGGUGUGUUCAUUUUGGCUUACUCGGAUUGGUGUGUUAGUGACGGCGUCCGUGUAAGAGGGAACUUGCAGUGAACCAUGCUGUCCAGUGUGGCAUCACAGUCUUUGUACAACUCUCACUCUAUAUAGUAAGUACAAUUCAAUCGUUUUUGUUUUAGAGUUUUUCUGGCUUGAUAAGUUAUGUGCUGGCCUUGGCCUAUUGGUGAAAUGAUAUGAAACAUCGUAUGCAAUUUUAAAAACCUUUUAUAUUUUUGCAAUAAGGUACCUUCUGACUUCUUUGGCUUAAUGCCAGUGACCUGCAUAUUCCAGUGGUUUUUAAGGACAGGCAAUUCAGUCAUUAUGGUAGUAGGCAAGAGUCUUUUUAGUUGAGAGAUUAUUUUCCUCAUAAAUCAUAUAUUGCUGCUUCCUUUUUUCAUUUUGCAACUCGCUGUAUUUGUUAUCUUUAAACAUUUGAGUUUGACAUUGAAUGUCACAAAUAUUUUAGAAUGCUCUUUAAACUUAAUUGUUGUCUUCUAAAAGCCUAAGAGCUUAUUAUGUAUGCUGAAAAAGGAAAAAGUCUCCUAUACCAAAAAUAUUUGGGGUCCAUAUCAACCUGUCCACAGGAUAUUUCUCGGUUCCUCACUGGGCAUACGUAACACAGUCCUUUGUAGACAUCUCCCAUGGGCUUCCUCCAAGGUGGGAGAAAUAAAUUUUUUCCUAAGUAAAGACAUAGAUGAAAGGUAUUUCUGCCCUUUCCGGAUAGACCAUCAGGCCUGGCCGUGCUUUCCCGUCAACUCUCAGGAGUGCACAAUGAACUCAGCUGAACAGGGUUUUGUUGAUAAUUGAUAUAUUUGUACUUCUGCUACAUAAAAUGCAUUGAAUUAUAUUUAAUCAAUGCAAUAUACUCUUCCAUGAUUUCUGGGCCUACAUGACCCAUGUCUAGAGAAAUUCAUUUUAACCAGUUGUUCACUUUUAAGGGAGCAAUUUCAUUCUGGGAAACAUGUUUCGAAGAAAUAGAUACCCGGGUAAAUAUGUUCUGUGGCUAGUGUGGUCUUAUAAUGUUUAUGGUCUUGCUUGUAUAAUGAAAAUGUGGGUAAAAUAUGUUAAUUGGAUAACAUAUAUAUAAGAAAUAUGUUAAGUAUACCUUCAGCCACGUCUUAGAACACUGUUUAACAAUUCUGCAAACUUCCCCGUAGGAGGAGAGCUUACUACAUGAAGAGGACUUGUUUUCUAUUUCAGAUUUUAAAAGCCAUGUCUGUUAGACAAGAAGAAACACAAAAGAACCCCCAGAUUCCUGGUUCAUCCUUCUGUGUUCUGUAUUCACUUUUUCAAGUUACCUGUUUUGUUGCAUAAGCUGAUUGUUAACUUACAAAUGCCUGUUUAAUAAAGAACUCUGACCAAGGCUGUAAAUGCCAGUUAACAUUAUUUUCAGUAUGUUGGUUAUAUUUAAAAUUUCCUUAUAAUAAAGCACACUUUUAUAAUAAAA